AUGCAACAGCACCUGAUGCAGAUGCAGCCCAUGAUGGCUGGUUACUACCCCAGCAAUGUUACCUCUGAUCAUAUCCAGCAGUACUUGGACGAGAACAAAUCGUUGAUCCUGAAGAUAGUUGAAUCUCAAAACUCUGGAAAGCUCAGCGAGUGUGCCGAGAACCAGGCAAGGCUUCAACGUAACCUAAUGUACUUAGCUGCAAUAGCAGAUUCUCAGCCUCAACCUCCAAGCGUGCAUAGCCAGCAGUAUGGAUCUGCUGGUGGUGGGAUGAUUCAGGGAGAAGGAGGGUCACACUAUUUGCAGCAGCAGCAGGCAACUCAACAGCAGCAGAUGACUCAGCAGUCUCUAAUGGCGGCUCGAUCUUCAAUGUUGUAUGCUCAGCAGCAGCAGCCUUAUGCAACGCUUCAGCAUCAGCAAUUGCUCAAUAGCCAGCUUGGGAUGAGCUCAAGCAGCGGAGGAGGAAGCAGCGGUCUCCAAAUGUUUCAGGGAGAGGCUGGUGGGUUUCAUGAGUUUGGUCGUGGGAAGUUGGAAACGGGAAGUGGUGAAGGCAGAGGAGGAAGCUCAGGGGAUGGUGGAGAGACCCUUAAUUACUUGAAGUCAUCAGAUGAUGGGAACUGA